AUGAUAAGAGGGAAUAGUGGCGAUGAGGAAAGGAGGGAGCGGUCAGCUAUGCCCAAGCAGCACGGUCAAAAGGAAGUCCGGCUGCAGGCUCCCGGGGAUCCGGCCAGAGGACUUCUGCUGGACACUGGAACGCAUGGAAGAAGACAAGCAGCUGCUAUGAUUCUCUCCCUGACCGCCGCAGCAGCCAUGAGUAGCGGCAGCGGUAGCAGCUUCAACUCUUCCCUCGAUGCUUUUGACUCCUCCACCACCUGGAGCUUAGGCGAGGACCCUUCCAAUGUGUCCACCGAGCCUGUUGUACGAACUCUGACCCCUGAGCUCCAGCCGGCGACUACCGCCGUCACUUUCCAAGAAGUCAGCCCCUGGGAUAUCGCCCUUUGUGUGACGGGGACACUCAUCUCCUGUGAGAAUGCUCUGGUUAUUGCUGUGCUGUUCUACACACCGACGCUACGCGCUCCGAUGUUCAUCUUGAUUGGAUCCCUGGCGGUGGCAGAUCUUCUGGCGGGCCUGGGCCUCAUCUUGAACUUUAUCUUCACCUACCUGAUUGACAGCUCCGUGGAGUUUGUGACGUUGUUGUCCGUCGCACUGCUCAUCUCAGCCUUCUCGGCGUCCGUCCUCAACAUCCUCGCCAUCACGGUUGACCGAUACCUGUCGCUCUACAACGCCCUGACCUACCACACCGAACGGACAGUUACCUUCACCUACGUGAUGGUGGUCUUCAUCUGGGUGUCGUGCCUCUUGCUGGGAUUGCUGCCGGCGCUCGGCUGGAAUUGCUUGAGAGACGAGUCCACGUGCAGCAUUUGCCGACCCGUCACCAAAAACAAUGCCGUGGCGCUCGCCGUCACCUUCCUGUUGGUCUUUGCGUUGAUGAUGCAGCUCUACCUUCAGAUCUGUAAGAUCGCGUUCCGCCACGCGCAGCAGAUCGCGGUGCAGCACCAGUUCGUGGCCAUCUCCACCACCAAAGGCGUCUCCACACUGUCGGCCAUCUUGUGUGCCUUUGGGGCGUGUUGGCUGCCAUUCGCCAUGUACUCCAUUGUGGCUGACUCCAGCUAUCCUGUCAUAUACACGUACGCCACAGUCCUCCCUGCCACUUGCUGCUCUGUGAUUAACCCUAUCAUCUAUGCGUUCCGAAACCCCGACAUCCAGAAGUCGUUGUGGAUGGCUUGCUGCGGAUGCGUCCCAUCCAACCUUUCCCUAAGACCCAGAACCUCCAGUGAUGUGUAG